GUGCGUGCGUGCGGCUGCGUCGGGCUGCAGGAGAAGAUGGCGGUCUCCACAGGCGUUAAAGUUCCUCGUAAUUUUCGCUUGUUGGAAGAACUUGAAGAAGGACAAAAAGGAGUAGGCGAUGGUACGGUUAGCUGGGGCCUUGAAGAUGAUGAAGAUAUGACACUUACAAGGUGGACAGGCAUGAUUAUUGGGCCACCAAGGACAAAUUAUGAAAACAGAAUAUAUAGCCUGAAAGUAGAAUGUGGACCUAAAUACCCAGAAGCUCCUCCAUCAGUUAGAUUUGUAACCAAAAUUAAUAUGAAUGGAAUUAAUAAUUCCAGUGGAAUGGUGGAUGCACGGAGCAUACCAGUGUUAGCUAAAUGGCAAAAUUCAUAUAGCAUUAAAGUUGUACUUCAAGAGCUAAGACGUCUAAUGAUGUCCAAAGAAAAUAUGAAGCUUCCACAGCCACCAGAAGGACAAACAUACAACAAUUAAUUUUAGUGGAUCUCAAACUUGUCUUAAAUCAACAACCUUCUACUCAUGUUAAUGUCUUGAUUAAAUAUUACAAUGCAGAAUACCCACACAUUAAGUAAAAGAAUUCCAGCUGGUAAACAUGACCUGGACAUUUGUAGAAAUAUAUUUAAUAUAUGUACACCAUUAUGUUUUCAGGUUUCAGGAGGAAAAAUGCAGCACAAUAUUUUUUUCUCUUGUUAAGGCACUGUCAUUUAAGCAUAAACCUGGAGUACUCAAAAUAGAAUUCAGGUUUACAAGAUGAAAGCAUGGAGAGAAGAGUCAGAUGCUGUGGAAGCAUGUGUGUUUCUGAAAAGUUAAAAAAAAUCUCAAGAAGGAAAAACAGAAAUGGCAUGCUUUAUCCAUCUUGCUUAGUGAAAGAGCUUCAGUUGAAAUUGUCUAAAGUAGCAGGUACAAUGAAUAUUGUCACAAAUUGUGUUAAUUUUUGAAGCGGUGUGGGUGCUGACUACUAGUAGUAUCAAAAAUAUGUUCAGGAUUGUUUUGAUACCUGUAUUUAUAAUAAAAACAUGUUGUGGGGAGGUCGAUGAAUUUCUGUUAAAAAGCCGUUUCUGUGUGUUACAUGUAACAGACAUGGUAAAUAUUUGUUUACAGUCUUUGUUUGACAAACCAUGCAUUUAAGUGAAAUCAACAAAAAGGAAAUAGGUGUAUGGAUAUGUGAUUCUGAGAUUAAAGUUAGUCUUAAAAUGUAAAUAAAAUGUGGAAUGUGUCCUCAGAAACUGUGCCAUUUCUAUUAUAUUGAUGUGGUAUUAUGUACACUACCUUGCUGAGGUAGCAAAAAUUGGAAUUAUUAUAGUUAUUCAUCUGUAAACACCUUUUAUUAUUAUCCUGUUUUGUAUACUUCUUGUGAAUUGGAAUUUGCCGAGUAUUUCAGAGAACAAAUUACUUAAGUAGUUUAAUUUGUUCUUUGGAGAAAGAGGAAUCCCAGGUAUUGUAUUUUGAAUUUGAGUUUACCAGAAAUACUAAAAAAUGUUGAAUUCUAGCAGAUUUUGUAGAAUUAUAAAUUAUAAAUUAUCCAAAUACACAUUCCAUUUUUUACUUUGUAACCUUUUUCUUCUUUAGUUUCUGUGACAUUUCUUCCCCUUAUGCUUCUUAUACUUACUAAUUGGGAUUAAUUUUAUACAGUUUCAGUAAUUCCGAAUUGAAAGCUCAUUUAUGUUUGCCUUAACCAAAAUGACUCAAGGCUUUAAGUUGCAGUUUUUCAUUUCAAAGCACUGGGUAUACUACUUUGUUAAAAAUACUCUUUUAUGAAUUCAUUGAAGAAAAUAGAAAGGUGGUUAGGUAACAAGGACGAAUUUCUCAGAUGCCCUGACAUUUUAUAUCAAGUCAUUCACAGUUAAAGCUCUGAGCUGCUUUUUCUUGGUCAGUAAUACAUGAAAGUCAGUGAUAGUUGUCUAAAUUUACUAAUUUCAACAUGGCUAUUUUUAAUUUUCAAAGAUGUUUAAAAUGCUUUCAAAUGACAUGUAGAAAAUAUACACAAAUUAGUGCAUGUGUAAUUUAUUAAAGUAGGUUCUUAAAAUUUUUAAAUGGUUGAGGAUUAAUUUGAAUUACAGUGACUUCAUAGGUAAGACCAUUACUGGUCUAAAUCAGUCUAACAAUUUCUUUUCCACUUUGGAAAUGUGUCUUGUCAUACACUGUAGCUAAUAACCAUUUGAAUGUUAAAUUAUAUUGGUGAGCUAAGAAUCUGGCUACCUUGAUCUUUUGUCCUCUUUCCUUUACCGGUAUCCACUAUUGUGAAGGGCUUUUUUCCCCACAAGCAUAUAUUGUUGGCCUGAGGAUGUUUAUUCUCCGUUUGGUUUUUGGGACUAUGUAUCUCUGCAGAAAUCUGCAUGCCAAUUAGACAGUAUCCAAAGCAGAAUCCAUUUUGCAUGUCACAAUCAAGAUCUACAUGGCAAUCUAAGACAUACUGGUUGAUUAUAGAAGGAGCUAAUGUAAAGCCGCUCUUACUUAUAGUAACAUUUCUAAGACCGCAUUUUUGAAGCAGUUUUUCCUUUGUUUUCUAAAAUGGCUAAGGUUAUAGGUGUGUGUGGUAUUAAAUGAACUGUAAAAUUGCCUUUGAAAUUUGUUUAAAAGGCUAGCAGUUGCGACCCUAGGGGAUGAUCAACAAAUUUAAUAAAGAUUACAAAAAUGAAA